UACCGCUCCGCCGUCUCUGGGCACACUGCAUUGUUGUUGCUCGGCGAGGAAAUACUAUUAGUAUUUUUUUUCGUUCAUCCUGAAAGUUUAAGUGGACGAGACGAGCGGCGGCCGACUCGACCCCUAGCCGAAAUUCAGAAAGUCUAUUGCUUUGGUCGAGAACAGAUUGUCAGGGAACUUAACUUCAUUUACGCUCCUAAACAAACGGCAAAGGUAGCCUUUCAAAAACGAAUUAAAUCGAAAUCCAAAUAGAAAUAGAAAUAGAAUUAGAAAAGCCAUAAGCGCAAGUUAACGAGACAAGACAACAACAAUUCGAUUCGGCGGUUUUUGUUUUUUGCCAGUGUGUGUUUGUGCUACGCUGUGAGUGUGCAUUAGUGUGUGUCCGGUGCUCCUGUUGUUGUUGUUCUUGUUGCUGUUGUUGUCGCUUAUUGUUGUUCUUGCUGUUAUUGUUGCUGUUGUUCGCAAGGCACAAUAACACAGGCUCAUACAAUUGCGAAUAUUUAGAAAAAGCAAAGCAUAUACAUAUGUGACAACAAACGCCAGGGAAAAACAGGAAAGCUGAGCAAAGGAAAACCAAAUAAGAAAACAAGCAAUCGAGAAAUUGUGAAGCGGCAACUGAAGCAGCAACAUGGACAUAUUGAAUGAGUUCAGCAAUGUAUUCUGGAGUACGCACAUCUGGCUGCCGCCGAACACAACCUGGGCGGACAUUGCGCCCGGCUCGCGUCCAGAUGUGGUGCACGCAAACUACAAGGACCUCAUCUGGCCCAUUCCAUUCGCCGCUGUCGUCAUGCUGGUCCGCUACACGCUGGAGCGUUUCUGGAUAUCGCCCGUAGGCAAAUCACUGGGCAUACGUAGUUCUAGGCCUAAGAAAGCGGCAAAUGUUCCUAUUCUGGAGAAGACCUAUGGCAAAUCGACGCGAUUGGACAAGAAAAAGCUGGUUCCGCUGUCCAAGCAGACAGAUAUGAGCGAGCGCGAAAUCGAGCGCUGGUGGCGUUUACGCAGGGCCCAGGAUAAGCCGUCGACGCUGGUGAAGUUCUGCGAGAACACGUGGCGCUGCAUUUACUAUCUGUACAGCUUCAUCUUUGGCGUGAUCGUGCUGUGGGACAAGCCCUGGUUCUGGGAUGUGAAGAGCUGCUGGUACGGCUACCCGCAUCAGUCGAUCAGCAAUGAUAUCUGGUGGUACUACAUGAUUUCGAUGUCCUUCUACUGGUCACUCACUGGCACCCAGUUCUUCGAUGUGAAACGCAAGGACUUCUGGCAGAUGUUUAUCCAUCACAUGGUCACCCUGCUCCUAAUGUCGCUCAGCUGGGUAUGCAAUCUGCAUCGCGUCGGUUCGCUCGUCCUGGUCGUUCACGAUUGCGCCGACAUCUUCUUGGAGGCCGCCAAACUCACCAAAUAUGCCAAAUAUCAGAAGCUCUGCGAUGCGAUCUUUGCCAUCUUCACAGUGGUGUGGAUUGUUACGCGUCUGGGCUUCUAUCCACGCAUCAUUUACAGCUCAUCUGUGGAAGCACCGCGCAUUCUGCCCAUGUUCCCAGCCUACUACAUCUUCAACUCACUGCUUCUGAUGCUGCUCGUCCUGCACGUCAUCUGGACAUACAUGAUCCUCAAGAUCGUUGUCGACUCUCUGCAGAAGGGUCUGAUGUCCGGUGACAUACGUUCCAGUGAUAGUGAGGAUCUCACAGACAGUUCGGGGAAUGCACGUCUGACCAAUGGCUCGGCGCGCUCGAAGAACAAGUCGAACAGCAGUGCGCCAUCGGAUAAGGGAUCUGUCGGAGGAGCAGGAUCAAGAGCAGGAGCAAGAGCUGCGACAACGGAACGGAGAGAGGAGUAGCUGAGACACCAAUACCACUAGUAGGGGCCACACUUCCCGAGAGCAGGCGCAACAACAACAGCAAACAAACAAAAUCCACACACACCCCAAACACACACCACGAACACACACACAUACACAUGCACGCACGCACACAGACGCAUACAAAAAAACCAAACCAGUUCAGAACGUUUUUAUGUUAAUUAUUAUUUUUUUUAUAUAUACAUCUUUUUUAAGGUUAACAAAAAAGAAACAACACGAAAACCAAAAGAAAUUUCAAUAAAUGCGAGAAAAUUGAUGCGUAACGAUCCACUUGUACAUCGUUAUUGAUUAAAACUACUA